AUGGUGUCAACAAGAGCACAGCAAACCAAGGGCCGCACGACUCGAGCACAAGGGUCUAGCAAAGUCAACAUUACCACCCAGGUCACACAAGUCUCCACCACCGUGUCCGCAGGUGCCAGCACAGAUGUCGCUAUGCCGGACGUCACCAUUGCCACCGCUUUCACCGCUUCUUCUGACCAGACAUCGAAUAGCGCUCGUCGUCUUAUUGUCACUUUCAAGCUUGGCCCUCGUCUUCAGCAAUUCGGGGUUACUGGCACGGAUCUUGUUGUGGCUUCCAAGGUUGACAUCAAGGAGAGGCCCAAGCGAAAUAAAUCAGUCCGUCAGCAAGCUGCUGCCACUUCCCGGGGGAUCAAACGCGAGUCCACUGAUCAAGAUCUUGACACUUCGCCACCCAAGAAAAGCAAGCAGGCUCAUAGGGAGGACGAGGACGAGUUUGAACCAGACCAUGCAACGACACAAGCUCCGAGCAUUCUUACUGCCGGUCGCGCACUUCGUGGUCGAGGAGGAGACGGCACAGUCACGGGGCGGAUCAAGGCUGUUCGAAAGGCAAAGGAAGACCUUCGUGGCCCUUUUAUCACUCUUCAAUCCAAAGGUCUGGGCAUGUUCUUGAAGAAACUGAGAAAGCGCCGCCCCGCAACGCCUUACACGAACAUCCAACGAUUCCAGUUCGGCCACGACCACCUGUGGUACUGGACAUCACCGAGCCCGUAUAACAUCCGCAAGGUCUACGAGAUACUGGAGGAGGAAAAGCCUGCCAUCAAUGCGGCUGCCGCAGUGGAAGGGACAGCGACCAACCCAUUCCAUGCAAGCACCGGUAUCUCUGUCGACUCCAUCGUCCGUGUCAUCUUGUCGCAGGCAUGCACAAACGAAGCGGCACUGGAUGCACAGCAAGCAAUGCUCCUUGCAUAUCCUUAUCGCGUCGGACACACAUGGGUCGCAGGACAGAAGCCGAACUAUCACGCAAUGCGCGUCCAGAGUCUGACAAAGCUGGAAAAGGUGCUGAAAAAGGCCGGUCUUGCCAACAAGAAGCCAAAAGCGAUCAAAGACAUCCUUGACAUCGUCUACCAAAGAAAUGUCGCGCGUCUUGACCCACUUGGGGUUGGUGAAGUCCUUUACGAUGGCAACGAGAGAGGUGCCUCUGACUUCGUACCUGGCCUGCUGUCUGUCGACUAUUUCUGGGAAAUCUACCGACAAGAGGGCAAGCAAGCUCUCCUUGAUCACCUUGUGUCUCUCCCGUUGAUCGGUGUCAAGUCUGCAUCCUGCUUGAUGUGCUUCAACAUGUCGUUGCCUGUCUUUGCCGUGGACACUCACGUCGCCGGAAUGGCAAAGCUUCUCGGUUAG